CUUUUCUUGUUUCUGCCUGUCUUUUUGACUUGCCAUCUUCUGAACACUGCCUGCAACUCAUCAAGAUGUCCAAAACAUACUCUCCCGAAGAGGCGGAAGCCCUUGUCCAUAGCCACGACCCCGAACAUCCCGCCAACCUGAUCUGUGACUUGUGCCGAGAAUUCUACAAGCUUGGAUGGGUUACUGGUACUGGUGGUGGCAUCAGCAUCCGAAAAGACGAACUUGUCUACCUCGCCCCGUCUGGUGUGCAAAAGGAACGAAUCAAGCCUGAGCAUGUCUUUGUCCUUCCUUUCGCUCAGUCGUCAGUACCCAAGCCUGGAUCUAAGCGAGACUUCAUCAGAGUACCCGCCAAAAAGGGACUCAACGAGUCGCAAUGCACUCCUCUUUUCUGGAACGCCUUUACAUUGCGAGAGGCCGGAGCCUGUAUCCACACCCACUCUCAACACGCCGUGCUUCUCACUCUUCUCUUACCUCGCAACGCUCCCAGCUUCCGAAUCUCUCACCAGGAAAUGAUCAAGGGCGUUCGUCUUGGAGGGAACGGCAAGACGCUCAAGUUCUAUGAGACUUUGGAAGUCCCCAUCAUCGACAAUACUGCUCAGGAAGAAGACCUGACAGAGAGCAUGGCCGCUGUAAGUGCAACGAUCAGUCCCCGUCUCCAGCUCGCUCAUGUGAUUGUCAAUAGGCUAUGGAAAAGUACCCCAAUGCCCCCGCCAUUCUCGUGAGGAGACACGGUGUCUACGUCUGGGGCAACACCUGGGAGCAGGCCAAGACCCAGGCCGAGUGUCUCGACUAUCUGUUUGAAAUUGCUUGCAAGAUGCUGCAGAACAACCUGCCACUCGAGGGCGACGAAUAGAAAAGAGUACAAUGUUUCAAUAAGAGGGUCAUGCAAGCGCUGUCUCACAACAUAUUUACUCCAACAUGGCCAACACACUGGCUCAC